ACCAGACCUGCGCCAUCUUGGGAAGGUCACAUAUUAACCUCUUUCUACUGGUGCUCAAAGAAGGAUAAGAAGGUUUAGUUUGAGUGUGCUAUUGUCAGGAUACUGGGACUACAGAACAGAUGCGGUGACCUUCACAAGAUGGCGGCGCAGUGAUCCUGCCCUUGUGGAGUGAGGGCGCGCCUGCGCAUUGCUGUGCUCGGCCAGUGGAGGAAGCGCGGUGGGCCCAGGCAGAAAGCGCAAUGUUGCAGUUCCUGGUAGGGUUUACUUUUGGGAAUCUAGUGGGAAUGUAUCUGGCUCAAAAUUAUCAGAUUCCAAAUAUCUAUAAGAAGUUUGAAGAAUUCAAGAAGGAUGCAGAAACCCGAAGAAAACCACCAAAUGAUGGAUCCUGAGGUUUACAAUGGAUAAGAUUGGGAUAUCCGCAUUCAGUCACAAGCACUAUAUGGACUGGAUGCAAUAAGUAACAAACUGUUUUGGGCCCAUUUCAGUCCAAAUUAUUUAGCAUCAAUUAAGCAGUCAGUAAAUUUGUUCUGAGUCACCGGUGAGCUAUUGUUUUGAUCCAUUUGGGAUUUAAUUCUACUUUUAUUUGUGUAGCCAAUUUAAUAUUUGAUGGGAUGUCAAUUUUAGUUAGUGGAACUAAAUUGUGACUGAAGGUCUGUGCUGAAAAGCCAAUAAUGACCUCAUGAACUCUAUGUUGACUCUGCUGUGCUGCUCUUUGUAUAUUGAGAACAGUGUCUUUUAAUUAAUUAAAAUUUAAUAUAGAGUCACUGGUAUUGUAA